UAUGCCUCCCUGGUGACACUUGGUAACCCCGGUGUAAACAACGCCAGGUGCGAGGCGUCAUUGUAGGAAAAGGCAGUGAUUGCAUCUUAUUUGUUAUCAAUACAGGAGGGUUAUUAUCACCAUACCGUGACUGGAGGAUACAAAGAAAGUAAUACAUCUCUGAGAUGGAGCUGGGGGCAGACUAACUGUGUAACAAGGCUAGACAUUCUCCCUGUGUCCCAGUGACCGCUGCCAUGGAGGACUCGGUGAUUGUGGCGGAGAAUAAGGUCGGCGAGCUACUGAGUGACAUACUGAAGGUUGAUGCCCUUCAGGAAGCUCUGGUCAACUUGCUUGUAGUUCCUAAGACAGAGAAAGAGGCUGCUCGUUUGAGCACUGUGUGUGCUGACCUGCAGCGGGUCAUCAAUGAGGCGUCCACUGAAGCUGUGAAUAAUGCCAAUGCUGCUCAGGAUGGGCAGAAAGGUCCAGAUUCAUCAAAGCCUGCAGGUAGCGAGCUUGCUAUUCGAAUACAAGAAGGUGGAGUUACCACAAUUGUCUCCAUCUUAGCCAGGCAGAAUAAUCCGUACAGAGCUCAAUUUGUGGCGUCAGCUCUCACUCACCUUUCAACAACCAACACAGUAUCUCCAAAGGUGAUAUGCAUUGGUCUUCUCACCAAUGAAAACCUCACUCCAGACAAUGAUAUUUUCUGGGUAACAGCAUUUGGCAUCAUAAAAAAGAUAAUUACUGGAGUGGAUUACAAAGGUGUUCGUGAGAUUAUGAAGAUGUGUCUAGACCGAGCUCGGCAAUUACCUUCAAACCUGAGACGCUCCCAGUUGCAACUAGUGGAUGCUCUAUGUGACGUCAUGAACCUGAUCUUUGACCGCAGUGCAUCACUCCUGCCAGGAUACUUUAUUGUCAAUGAACUUCUUAAAUUAUAUCCAGACUACAAACAGUGGCCACACUGGAAACUGGCAUCACUUCUCACAGACUUUGUUGACAAGUUUCGCAGAGCUGCUCAGAUGUUGUCAAUAGUUGCUCGCCCAAAGCUGCGGCCAAUUGUUGAACACACAGGUCACAACAGUCCUUCUAUAAAUUCCUGGAAAUUAGAUUCCUUAACUCUCAAGUUCCAACUGAAAGGAGCUCUUCCAUAUAGCCCAGAGCUCAUGGAGCCCCAGCCAGGUCUCCUUCGCUACAUUCUACAGCAGCCCUACUCCAGGGAAAUGGUCUGCACUGUGAUAGACAUUCAGAAAAAGCAAAAGCAGCGAUGCAUAGUUCUGGAGGAGCAGUUAGUGGAGCUGAUGGUGUCUGCUCUGGAAGAUUGUAGCCGCACUGAGUCCUCCAACACCAGCAAUGUGAACAGCACCAGUGACGGCUCCCUGCCUGUCCCUGUCGACCACAAUCCCUGCUCCUGUGCACACCUCUCUUCACUUCUCAUUUACUUUGUUCUUUUCCAGUUGAUUUCAUUUCCAUCUCUGGUCCUCAGACUACAUGCAAAGUUAAAAGGUAAAACAAGUCAUCAAGGCCGGGAUCACUUGAUGUGGGUACUUCUUCAAUUCCUCUCAGGAAGUAUACAGAAAAACCAGUUCUCAGAUUUUCUUCCUGUUCUCAGAUUGAUUGAGGUUUUGUAUCCUGAGCAAGAGUCUCUUCCUGUCCCAGACUAUACAGACCCCCAGUGUGCAAUGCAGAUGUCUGCCAUGUGUAUCCUGAUGCAUAUACUCAAGAAGGCUCAGGCUGACAGCAUCAAAACGCCUCGUUCCCUUCCAACAGUUUUUAAGAAUCAUCAUGAAUUUUUGCAGAAUUUGGCACUCAAUCCUCAACUGCCAUUAAUUACACCUGGUGUGCCCCCUGACUACAGGAUUGCUCUUCUAUUGAAUGCAUAUUCUACAAAUCAGGAAUACUUUCAACGGCCAAUAUUAACUCUCUCGGAAAGUAUUCAAGGGAGCCAGAAAUCAACAGUACCAAUGCCCGGCAUCAAUUGUGUUGCCCAUGGAAGCACUUCGCCACUCUCCAUCACUCUACUGGACUCCCUCACUGUCCAUGUCAAAAUGAGUCUUGUUCACAAUAUAUCACAGCAUAUUCAAAAACAGGCACAGCAUAAGUCAGGAAUAGCUCUUGCUCCUGCACUUAUUGAAACCUAUGCAAGACUCUUGGUCUACACUGAAAUAGAGAGUAUUGGCAUUAAAAACUUCAUUAAUAGUCUACUGCCAGUGGUGUACAAGAGCCAUGUGUGGAGCAUCCUUCAUGCCCUGCUGGAAAUGUUCAUCCAUCGCAUUCAUCAUUCCCCUCCACAAUAUAGAAUUCAGUUGCUGUCAACCAUCCAUCACAUGACAGCUGUGCCUCUCAACACCAUGACUCAGAUGACACAGCUCCAUCUCUGCAUGGAAAGUGUUGCACUGCGUUUAAUCACUGGUUUGGGGAAUUCAGAAGUUAUGCCAAGUCUCACCAGGUACACUUUUUGUUCUGAUACCAAACCCACACUUAUCAGCACUGAUUCUGAGGAACUGAACAGAGUGCUGGUUUUGACCAUGGCUCGGGCAAUACAUGUCACAGGAUGUGACAGCUCUGGAGACUCAGCUCGGUGGUGUGUGGACUUCCUCAAAAGUGUGAUGGCACAAACACCACACACAUGGGCAAAUCACACCCUGCAGUGCCUCCCUCCUGUCAUAGCUGAGUUUUACCACCAAUGUGCUGCUCCUAGAGAAAAUAUGCACACCCUCAAGAAAGCUGUGGAGGAGGAGUACAGGAAAUGGAAAUCUAUGAGUAAUGAAAAUGAUAUCAUAGCCCACUUUUCCCUGCAACACAGCACUUCACCAUUGUUCCUGUGUUUGAUCUUCAAGAUGGUGCUAGACACAGACAGAGUCCCCAACAUUGCCUAUAAGGUGCUGGAACGAGUUGGACCACGCCAGCUUGCAGCUCAUGUCCGAACACUCUGUGACUUCCUGGUGUUGGAAUUUUCUAAUAGUGCUGGAGGUCAGCAUGUCACCAAGUAUGUGGACACCAUGAAUGCCAUUAUCUGGAUGUACAACAUUGUGCCUAUUGAUCGCCUCAUGCUCUGCCUGGCAUUAAGGACUCAGGAGGGAAGUGAAGCACAUGUUUGCUUCUUCAUCAUCCAGCUGCUGCUCCUAAAGCCAGCUGAGCUUCGCAACCGUGUUCAGGAGUUUGUCAAGGAAAACACACCUGACCACUGGCGACAGAACAACUGGUAUGAGAAACAUAUGGCUUUCCAUCGAAAAUUUCCAGAAAAAUUUUCCCCUGAGAGCAUCUUGGCAGAGCAGGGCACACUAACUGCCCAGUACCAGACCUUGCCAAUAUACUUCUCAAAUGUUUGCCUCAGAUUUUUGCCAGUCUUGGACAUCAUCAUUCAUAGGUUUCUGGAGCUCCAUCAAGUACAUAAAAACUUGGAAACAAUUUUGGAGAGGCUGGGAAUGUUGUACAAGUUUCAUGACCGCCCCAUCACUUACUUGUACAACACACUUCACUAUUAUGAGAACAAACUUCGAGAGCGUCCUAACUUGAAGCGGCGUCUAGUGGUGGCUGUCAUCAUGUCCCAGCAAGAGAUCAGACCCCAGGGAUGGGCACUCACAGAAGCAUACCGACAGUAUCUUGCCCAUCCACCUGAUGACAUCACUUGGAAUCCAGAACUCUCCUACUACACAGCUCUUGUCAGACGUUUAGUCAACACCAUGCAGGGUAAGCCAAUAUUCCCAUCUAUUGAGUGGCGCUUCAAUGAGUUUGCCAACAGUGGUGCCCAUGCCUUGCACGUAAGCUGUGUAGAAUUGAUGGCCCUGCCCAGCAACCCCACCAUUGUAGCCAACAUGCUGCUUAAUGUACUGUUUAAAGGGUACUGCGAUAUUCCUCAGGGAGAAUUAGAGGAAUGGAUCAAUGCCAUUGGCCUCAUUCUUACCUGGCUUCCAGAGCCAUACUGGAUUGUUGUCCAUGACCGCAUUAUUGAACUGCUGCAGACAUCCAAUCUCACCUCUUCUGGGAAUGGUACUCUCAACCCCUUCACCAUGCUGAACCUACAUCAGCUACAGUCUUCUUUCAGUGAUACAAGUGCUGCCCUCACAUUAGCUCUUGUCCAUUCCUUCUGGCAUCAUGCCUCCUUUGGUCAAGUUGGCCGCAUUCCUCAAUUGAUGAGGGAAAGGAUCAGACCAAUUCUAACUACAGAGGAGCAGUUGGUAGUGGUGUGUCACCUAAUAGGGCCUUUCCUGCAGCGCUUCAACAGUGAGCUGGCACGCAAGGUGUUUGAUGUCACUAUUGAACUUUAUGAAGCUGUGGCAAAGGUUGAUCGCAGUGUGACAGAACUGAAGUACAUGGAUCCCAUUUGUGAUGUGCUGUAUCACAUCAAGUACAUGUUUACUGGAGAUUCCAUCAAAACUGAUGUGGAAGGCAUCAUCCGAAGCCUGAGACCAGCUCUGCAAAGACGGCUUCGUUUCAUUACACAUCUCAAUCUCGACUCUAUUGAGAAUAAUGCCAACAACAGCAACAACAACAGCAGCAGCAGUAGCAACCCAGGCACCACCAGCAAUGCAUCAGUUAAUAGCAGCAUUAGUAACAACAAUAGUAGUAUCACUUGCACUGCUAACAGCACUAGCAUCACCAGCAGUGGUGCCACAGGAACUCUUACUCAAAGUAGUGUGGUACAAGCUGGUGGAACAGGAACAACAGCCCCAGUGCUAGGACCCUCUGCAGCUACAAUAGGAACACUGGCCAGUCUAGGAUCUAGUGUUACUCUUGGCAGUGUCAGUCAGUCGUCUAGUGUAACUGGGGGUGCAACUUCUUCUGGAUUAGGAGUUGGCUCCCUUGGGGCUGCCUCCAGCUUAGCCUCUCUCUUGCAAGAUACAUCUCCUGUCAGUACAUCAUAGAGAAGGCAAGCAAUUGGCAUACAGUAUUGUCCAGCUGAGGAAAAUGUGGCUUUAUAAACUGUAUUAAUAGAUGACGUUACCCAAAUACCAAGCAUUCAAACCUCAAUUGACUUGUUCCACAUGUGCCUAUAUAUGUGGAUUUUUUAAAAAUUUAUUUAUAUAGCAAUUUAUUUAUUUAUUUAUUUUAUUAUUUUUUUUUCCAUUUUUUAUUGAAUUAAUUUUUUUUUAUUUAUUUAUCUUACUGGAAUAUCAUUCACCAGGAUAUUCCAUUUGUUACUGAAAUGAG